AUGCCGCCGGCCACCGAACACAACAAGUCUGGUGCUCCGAGAGUGGAUCUCCGCAGCGCGAUAGGCCUGCUACAAAGCUACCAAACGGCCAUCGACGGCAAACCGGAUGCGGAAAAGCUGAGCCUUGUCGACUACCUUCGACAGCGUCCAGAUCUGCUUGAUGUCAACGAACUGACUAUAGGCGACGUGGACGAGCUAACAGGUCUCUAUCGCGCAGCCGCACAGCAAUACGAUAGCUAUUUAGGUCAAGCGUACGAUGAAGCACCGCUCGGGGCGAUACAUAAGGCUCAGAAGAAAACAGAUGCGGGCGGAAGACUGUCACCAGAGGCUGAACUACGACGACCAUACACCCAACAGGCAAGUAGCGUAGGUUUUCGAGCAAAGCCGUCAUCCUCAUUGCACGACCGUAAGAACGAGAUCGAGGUACCGGAUGAAUGGGCGCAGGGGUUCUCCCAAGUCAUACAGGACAGCGUCAUAGUUGAUCAGCUACCGGGUGACCUCACAGACGACCCGGCAGAAGACCCCAACGCGCAGUUCUCGGUGGGAAGGAGUUCAGCGAAGCGUCCGCAGCCGGCGUUGGACGUUAAGUUUAACGUGCUCAACUUCGCAACUCCCAUUGCGUUUACUAUUGCGAUCAAAGACUUCAGAACGGGGCGUAAUCUUCUCAACACGUGGAUUGAACACGGAGGACUGACCGCAGACGAGAUGAUUGAAGGGUAUCACGACAAGUGUCCAGAUGGAUGCCAGCUGCACAAGCGCACCGAGAAUGGAAAAGCUUUCCUGCGUUAUUAUCCCGGAGCCCCGACGGUCAAGGAAAACUUCCAGUUGAGAAACGGUUUGAACUACUACACAUGCCUGCAGACAGUCAACAUCCAACAUGUGGCGGAGAACAUGCUGAAGAGCGCGCCACGGGACGGCUACAGCUUAACGGGAAUAUACAGGAUAUCAUUCGCAAUCGAAGAACUCGACAUCAUCCGCAUAAUCACCGCGUUUGGACCGACAAAGAGUUCGCAGGUGGAAGGCCACUAA